AUGCAUAAAAUCACCAACUUCACAGGCCAGGCUCGCCAUGGCUGGGACCGGAUGACGCCGGCCGCCUUUGGCAUGUCCAGGCCUCAUACUGAUGUCUCCACCUCCCAACAGCUCCGCCGCCCUCCGGGUCCUCCAACAGGCACCUCUCAGACGCCCGUCGAUGCGACUGUCAAUCUUGCCUUCAACGUGCCCUUUGCAUCGAAUCUGCCUGGACCUGAGGUGGAUGAUGUCCUCCAUUCCAGCCCCGGGGCACUUCAACGAUGGACAUACCCCCCAGGGACAGCCGAGGGCACGCCAGUACAUAAGCUCCCCGUUCAUGCAAACAAUAUCGAGACGUUGAGGAAACUCUGCCGGCAAAUCAGUGAUCAAAGUGGAGGGAGACUUGAGGCCUCUGUUACCUCCUCUGAGCUGAAGGCCUCCCAAUCAUUGCAACGACGACCUCAUGGCCAGGUUACCAAUGUCUGCAUAUCUGGGGAUGGGGAUCUUGUCAACAAGAUGCGUGCGAAGAUCUUGAAUGAGACCCCUAUUUCGCUGCGAUCCGCCAUUGUUGACAUCAAUCCCAAUCUUAUCACCGACGGCGUAUCGAACAACAUCCGAACGAAUGUGCUUAGCCAUAUUGACCGGAUAGCAAGCUACACGGGAACGGAUAUGUUCCUUUUGAAUCCCAAGGGCACGGAUCCUGAAGGCGCGGGUCUUUCAUACACUGGCGGAGCGGAGACAGGUCUGGACCAAAGAUAUCGGGUGAACAUUUUUGGCGACAUGGAGAGCGUGGAACAUGCAAAGACUCGAGUACUCAUGAUGAUUGACCAGAUUCUCAAGCACAAGAUCGACGUCAUAAAACUGGAGUUGACGAUGCACACCCUGGUUUGCGGACGGACUCGCAAGAACAUCAAGAUGAUCGAGUCAGCUACGAAAACAGCCAUCUAUUUUCCGCCACCUUUUCCUCGGGUUUUUAACUAUGUCCCUCAGGGGGCUACUCGACGCAGCGAGGACGAAGUGUUCAUCACUGGUGAGACGCAGGAAAGAAUACAGCAGGCUAAGCAAAAGCUACGAGACCUCGUCAUGGGCGUCAAGAUUUAUGUCAAAGACGUCAUGGUCAACUGCAACAAGAUUGACAACAUCCUUCUAGAUCGACUGGACAAGGUCAGAAAGGUGAUGGAAACUAAUGGCUCGUAUGUUCUGUUCCCUCAACUUGGCAGCCAACGAGGUUUGGUGCGUGUGCAAGGUACGGAAAUUCUUCACGUGGAGCGGACGGUGCGGGAAAUUAUGGCACUGGCAGGACAGUUCUAUAGCGCGUCUUGGUGGGUCAUGGUUCCAAACAACAUGCAAGGAGGCGUGCCGCGGGCUCCUUCAGUUGCCGAUAUUCGCGUCAUGCUGUCUGAUAUUUGUAUCAACUCAGGCGCAGACUUGAGUUUUGAUAAAUUCACUUUCAACAUCAAUGGGUCAGACGAUGCUGUCAAGGCUGCAAUGAUGGUCAUCUACCAGAUUCCGUUCGUCAACAGAAAUGAUUAUCAGAUUCGAGUGAAGAUCGAGCUCGCAAACGAACACAAAGAGUUUGUUAGUGGCAAGAAGAAUGGCAAGAUCAACAAGAUCAUGGGGCAGAGUACAACUCAAAUAUCCUGCAACGUACAGAUCAUAUUCGACGGCUUCAACGAAUAUAACUUCUACAUCGAUGUAUGUGGUACGAAGUAUGAAGCCACGAAGAAUGGACUGGAUCUGGUGGAGCAGGAGAUGCCUGCGUCGAUCGCAUUUCACGUUCCUGACCAAUAUCACAAGCGUAUUAUCGGCAUUGGUGGACAGCACAUUCAACGCAUCAUGAAAAAGUAUUCUGUUUUUGUCAAAUUCUCCAAUGCGAUGGACCGUGGAGGGACGAGUAAGGAAGACGACGACAUCAAGGUCGACAACGUAAUCUGUCGCACACCAGCACGUAAUGCUCAAAGUCUCGAUCUUGUGAAGCAAGAGAUCAUGGACAUGGUGGAGAAAGUUGAUGCCGAGUUCGUUUCAGAAACCGUUGUCAUCAACCGCCUCUAUCAUCGUGAGCUCAUUGCUCGAAUGCACGAAAUUGAAGAACUGGAAAAGAAAUGGAAUUGCAAAAUCGAUUUUCCAAACACAGAACAAGCAAGUGAUGUUAUCACCAUAUCUGGGCCGGAGUAUCAAGUCCCUCAAGCUCUUGACGCGUUCUUGGGCAUGGUGCCUGAGAAACACGAGAUAGCCUUUCAGAACUCCGAAGAACUCUCCAACUUUUUCGCGUCUCCCGAGUUCCAUGAUGAUGUCCGACAAAAGCUUAAAGAUCAAUACGAGGUUGAUGCGCAUGUCAACGCCACGCAUCCCUUCGCCUCUACGCCCUCCGCAUCUGUGGAGAUACUUGCACCUCCCGCUGAGGGACACCUUGUACUUACUUAUACACGCAACAAUGCCGGUGGUUUGAAAGAUGCCAUCGAUUUCCUUAUUUCGCGUCUUGUAGCAUACGGAUUGGAUGCUACCACCGUCAAGGGCGCUAUUCCUCGGCCGAAAUCUGAUUCGUUCGAGGAGUCUCUUCCAUUUUUCGAUUCCAAGCUCCUUCAAAAUGCACCCUCUAUUCAUUCCACCGACUCACCCACCCGCUCUACCUUCGGCGACACUGACAACGUCUCUUUGAGCGAUCGCGCCUCUCUUUUCGAGCGUCUCCGCAAACCAGGCAGCAUCUCAUCAUUUUCUUCGUUCAUCAGUCGCAAAAACCAGAACAACUCAACCGGAUCCUUCUUCAAACACGCUUCUUCCAAUGCCAGCAAAGCAUCACUCGUCUCGCAGGAAAGCCGUGACAGUGGUUAUCGCAAUCCAUGGAACGACAGUGGGGUGAAUCUACCGGAGGAGGAUGUUCACGUUGGUGGCUGGCCACCACGCUUCGAUACCAAAUUUCCAUUUACAAGCACGCCGGGCGACACCACGCCCAAACACGAUCCUAGAGCGAGCUUUGAUUCCGGUCGGCCUUCUACUUCGAAUUCGACUUCAGGAUACCCGGUCCCAAUUGGGCCACCUCAUCGUUAA